AUGGGUGACUGUGGCUCAGGUGUGCACCUCCCGAACACACCACUACCCAGAGACCUUCCGUCCUCCUCGGUGGACCCAGAAGAGAUUUCUGUUCUUGUAACGGGCUUUGGUCCGUUCAAGUCGAAUGUGGUCAAUGCGUCCUAUCUAAUAGCUUCCUCCCUACCAACGUCCUUGUUCUUACACACAGACACACCAGACGGGACACUCGCGAACCGCCGAAUUGCCAUCCAUGUACAUCCUGCACCCAUAUCCGUCGCUUACUCGGCGGUCCGAGAGAUCAUUCCUGUCAUAAUGGACGACUACGUCAAGGCGCACGGCCGGCAUCCAGAUAUCGUCAUACACAUGGGCAUAGCCGCAACAAGAAACUACUAUUCCAUAGAGUCAAAAGCGCACCGUGAUGCCUAUCAUAUGCCUGAUAACCUUGGGCGAGUCGGGUACGAGCACGGCGAGAAGCCAUGGCGGGAGCUGGCUCUCCCGCAUGUUCUCAAGGCCGGCCGCUCCGAUUCCGCGACUGAACCAGUAGCGAAACUGGAUUUGACAACCUCCGGUGCAAAUCUAACUGCUCACCCGCCGGACGCUGCAUUUUUGAAAACGUGGCAGGCGCUUGGACCGCCAGGCGCAGAUAUCCGAAUAUCGGAGGAUGCCGGCCGGUAUCUCUGCGAGUUUAUCUUCUACACAAGCUUGUCCUUGGCCUUCCAGGAAGGCCGGGAUAGGAAUGUCGCCUUCUUCCAUGUUCCAGCCUCAUGCCGUGAUCAUGAUGUUGAGACUGGAAGAGAGGUUGCGAUUGCACUGAUCAAAUCUCUUGUUACGUCUUGGCUUGAUGAAGUAUAG